UUGAAAUGAAAAGUUUUUUAAUAACUGUUAUCAAAGUUUCAAAUAUUGCGUUUUCAGUUUACGACACGAUAUGGAGAAGUUCUCAACUUUGUUGUUCUUUUAUCUCGUCGUGUCGGCUCACACGGAAUUAAUUUGUUACGAUUGUGAUCCUACGAGUCCUGGAAAAUGUAUUAGUCCGAGUCAGGUCGUUGUAAAAACGACCAUUUGUGAUGAAGUAAAUGGACAUGAACAAGUUGGUACACCUGAAUGUUUCACUGUUGAGUAUCACACAGAUGAUCCAACAAGCAGGGAAAAAAGUGGUAUCUAUAGAGGGUGUUUUGCAAAAACUGAUGAAGCAACUUGUGUUCAUUUAAACCAGACUUAUGCGGGAAAAGUCACUUGGUGUAAAAGUUGUGCUAAAAACAAAUGUAAUCUAUGACCUAAAAACUGAUAACCUUUAUUUAUAAUAAAUUCUUCUUGGUAAUUGUUUUAUCAAAUUUGAAGGGAGGUCUAAAGUCAAAUAAGUUAGUCGAACAGUUUUGCAUUAAAACACCUCCAAAAAUGACGAAGUUAGCAGCGGUAUUUUUGUUGCAUCUACUUGUGCUAGCUCAUUCGGAGUUGAUUUGCUACGAUUGUGAUCCUACAAGUCCUGGCAAAUGUAUAAGUCCCAGUCUGGAUAACGCAAGAAUGACUAACUGUGAUGCUUCAAAUGAAAACGAAGGAAUUUCGAUUCCUACAAUUCCUGAGUGUUUCACUCUUCAAUAUUACACUAACAAUAGGUCUAGGAAUGGGAUUUAUAGAGGUUGCACUUCGAAAGUCGUCAAUAAACCGACGUGUGAUCACUUGAAUGAAACACUAAACGGUAAAGUGACUUGGUGUAGAACUUGCAGUGAAACCAGAUGUAACUUGUAAUUUUUUCCCGAAAUAAACUGCCUUCCCAUGACCUGGAAAAGUUGCGAAAUUUCCUAUUUAGGUCCUAAGACAAAACAACAGAUAAGCCGGGGUUAACUCUAGGGUCACAAUACUAAACCUACUUUAAACAGUCUUAAAACAACAAUGGCUCAGCUCGGUUCAAUUAUUUCGAUAAUUCUAACGUGUUUUCUUGUAAAUGGUGCCAAAAGUGCAACUUUUGAAAAUGUGACCGUUUUAUUAACAACAGAAUGGAACAAACUCUUCUACCUAGGACGCACUCCAAUGGAAAAAGUUUACGUAGCGUCGUCUAACACGAUCGCAGAGUUUGUUAAUUUGCAACCCUUGGAAAUCGUCUGGAUUCGUAACGAACAUAUCCCAUACCUUCGCGAAAAUUCCCUUUCCAAUUUGCCAAAUAUCGUCCAAAUUUCAGUGGUGUCAAGUGGGGUCAAAAAAAUCGCCCCUGGGACGUUUCAAAAUGACCCAAAAUUGGACGUUAUCAACCUGGAAAGCAACCAGAUUGAGGAAGUACCAAAUGGGGUGUUUACAGGUCUCCAGUUAAAAGCCUUGUAUUUGAGUAAUAACCAAAUUUCAAGAAUGGGGAGUGCGGCGUUUAGUAACAUGACAAUGACUGUGCUCAAGAUGGACAAUAACAAGAUUUCGAGGUGGAGGAGUGAGGUUUUUAUGGGCACUCCCAUUGGUACCUUAUCUCUAGCCAAUAAUCUAAUCGAGGAAAUACCGGCAAAUGCAUUCUCGUACGGUUUCCAGUUUAAAAGGAUUAAUGUUCCGUUGGCAGCCUGGCACGUGGUUUUGUCCCAAAACCGGAUCCGGAAGAUUCACCCUCAAGCCUUCAGUCUGGUCAAUGGUUUUGGUUAUUUGAGUCUCGCGGAUAAUUAUUUGAAGGAUCUACCGAAGGAUUUGUUCCGCUACGUCAAAAGUAUCAACACUUUGGACUUGACCAAUAACCAAAUUUCAGACGUGGGAGGAGUGUUUGAUGACAUUAAUAUAAACCAGUUGAUUCUAAUUAACAACACUUUGAAUUGUUUCCCGGAUGAGGUGUUUGACAUUUCAAGGAUUAAUUUCGUGUUUCUCGACGGCAAUCCUGUGACUUGUGGGUGUGUAGCAAUGUGGAAAGACAUCCAAUUAAGGAACAACAUUUGGGUUGUCUUCAAUAUGAAAGAGUUAGAAAAGAAUUGUAUUGAAAAAUGAUUGUAAACAAUGUUUGAAUAAACUAGCUUUGAUAAUUCUGACGUUGAUUUCGUGGUAAUGAUGCUGUUUUUAGCUCGCAAAUCAAGGUUAAUUUGUAUAAGACCAGUCGUUACCAGAUUCUCAAUAUGGUAAGGCUUUUGUGUCUUGUGGUUGUGCUGUUUGUGCCCCAAAUUCAAGGCGCCACUUACGAAAAUGUUACAAUUUUGUUAACUACGAGACAUACAGUGUACUUCAUUAAUGAUACAGUAGCACCGACCAAACCUGUUCGAAUUCGUUACGACAACACCCUUGCCGAGUAUGUCAACAACCAGCCGUGGGAAAUCGUCAAAAUUCAGGACCAAAAUGUCCCGAAUUUACCAGAAAAUGCAGUCUCACGUUUACCCAAUAUUACAGAAGUUAGUAUUAUUUCAAGUGGUUUGGAAACAAUCGAGCCUGGGGCGUUUGGGGAUUUACCAGCGAUGGAAUAUCUCUACAUUAAUGAAAAUCCUUUAAAAGUGAUUCCAAAUGGUGUUUUUGCACACUUGUCACGUUUGAGUUCGCUUCAUUUGGAAAAUAAUUCGAUAGAGACCUUGGGUGAUAAAGUUUUCAACGAACUUCCACAUUUGGGACAUGUUUUCCUCGACGGUAACCACAUUUCGACUUGGAAUAGUGACUGGUUUAUUGGGUCGCCUGUGGAGUCCGUUUCAAUGGCCUUUAACUCGAUUGAGGAGUUACCUAGUGGCAUGUUUGAUUACUUCCUCAAAUUUCAGGACAUGCGAAGCUCUGGGCUUUGGUACUUGGUUUUGGAAAGUAACAAAGUGCGGAAAAUCGAUCCGGACGCGUUUCGAGGGUUAAAAGAGUUGUUGUAUUUGAACCUCAAAAAUAACUCAAUUGAGGAGCUCCCGACUGGUCUUUUUCACACAAUCAAGUACAUAAAUAACCUCGAAUUGAGUGAUAAUGUGAUAAAAGACAUAAACCCCUCAAUUUUUCGUAAUACAUCGCUCACCUACGUCAAAUUGGGGAACAAUAAAUUGACGUGUUUGCCUCUGGAACUUAUGAACGUCACCAAAUGGUAUAACAUGAAUAUUGAUGGAAAUCCGGUCACUUGUGGCUGCGUCAAGAGUUGGAAGAUUUUGCAGAACGAUUCUUACGCGGAAAAUACGGUGUCACUUGGAAAUAUCGAAAAAAAUUGUACCGAAUAAAUUUUUGUUGUAUUUUUUUUAAUAAAAAUUCUUCUUCACAGUACGAAAGUGGGUUAAUUAUACAGAGUUCACUCCACUCAGAUUCCUUACAAAAGUCUCAACAAAAGCGUUCAACUUUAUUAAAAAUUGGAAUGAGUUGGUGCGUUCGAACUUCACGUCCUAUAAAUAAAUAUGGCACAACUCGUCCUACGUUGUUAUUCUCAGUCGAAUCUAAAUCUUCGAUCGUUUCGCGUACAAAAUGCAUCAUUUUCGCCUCCUAGUUUUCGCAAUUUUGGCCAAUUUUGGGCCAGUUUCGAGUGCAACGUUUGAAAAUGUUUCGUUAGUUUUGAAUUGGAGAAGUGGGACGAACGAUCAGAAAACUGUAACAAUUCGAAGGGACAACGAACUGAGGAAUUAUGUGGGACAGUUUGGCGAAGUCUUAAUCCACCAUCAAAAUAUUCCCAAACUUACGAAAAACUCAGUCAGUAAUUUACCAAAAGUGACUCAUCUCGACCUCGCUAGCUGCAGAAUUCGGAAAAUCGAGCCUGGAGCGUUCAGAUUUUUGCCGGAACUGACUGAUCUUAAUUUAAGCGGGAACUUGUUGGAGGAACUAGAAAAUGGGAUUUUUGACCAGGUGGGAUUCAGGACACUCUACUUGGAGAACAACAGGAUUAAAAGGAUUGGAGACUGGGUUUUCCGAAAUUUGAAAAUGGAGUAUUUGUUUAUUGACGAUAACAAAAUUUCCGAAUGGAGGAGUGAGUGGUUCCGGGGAACCCCCCUAACGUCCAUAUCGAUGCGAAACAACCAAAUUCAAUCUUUCCCAAGACUGGCGUUCGAAUUUCUUUGGCACCUGAAUCCGCAAAAGGACGUAAUUUUGGAAAAUCUAAUUUUAAGUGGAAACAAACUGAGGCAAAUCGACUUCGAUGCGUUCAGUGGAGUCAAAGUAAUCCUAUCUUUGGACCUCCAAAAUAAUUCGUUGACAUACUUGGAGCCUGGAAUUUUCGAUUCGGUGGAAGUGAUCGACAGGAUUCAGCUAAGUAAUAAUAAAUUAGCCUAUCUCUAUCAAGAAAAUUUCCGAAAAACCAGAAUUUCCGAACUUGAUCUCUACGAUAAUUUGUUGGAAUGUGUCCCGAUUGAGAUUUUCAAUGUCUCAGACUUGGAAUAUCUUAAUAUUGAGAAAAACCCAAUUAAUUGUGACUGUUACCACAGCUGGAGAAUUUGGAAAAGUAAGAAUAAAAAGCCGAAAAUUGGUGGAUGGGAGAGGUUGGAGAAUGAGUGUAAAAGUCCGUCUGGUGGGAAUGCAAUUUUUGGCUUUUUACCUUUGGUGAUAUUGGUGUCAAUUGUAUUUAUUUAGUUUGAAAAAUAAAAUUGUGUUGAUUUC